AUGGUCGGGCCGGGCCUCUACACCGAGAUCGGCAAGAAGACCAAGGAUCUGCUCUACAAGGACUACCAGACUGACCACAAGUUCACCCUCACUACCUACACCUCCAAUGGCGUCGCUGUCACUGCUUCUAGCACAAAGAAAGCUGACCUGAUCUUUGGUGAGAUCCAAUCACAGAUAAAGAACAAGAACAUUACGGUAGAUGUGAAAGCAAACUCAGAGUCAAAUAUCAUUACUACAGUUACUGUUGAUGAGAUUGCAACGCCAGGACUGAAAACCAUCCUUAGCUUUGCUGUUCCUGAUCAGAGGUCUGGAAAGGUUGAGCUUCAGUAUUUGCAUGAUUAUGCUGGAGUUAAUGCAAGCAUUGGUCUGACAGCCAAUCCUGUAGUCAACCUCUCUGCUGCCUUUGGCACUAAGGCUCUUGCAGUUGGUGCAGAUGUCUCACUUGAUACUGCCACUGGGAACUUAACCAAAUACAACGCUGGACUGAGGUUCACUCAUGAAGACCUCAUCGCAUCCCUGACCCUGAACAACAGGGGAGACAGCCUUACUGGAGCUUACUACCACAAGGUGAGCGAAUUGAGCAACACAGCUGUUGGGGCAGAGCUUACCCACAGCUUCUCGACCAAUGAAAACACCCUCAGCUUUGGUGGGCAGCACGCUCUGGACCCACUAACCAUCUUGAAGGCCCGCAUCAACAACUCUGGCAAGGCCAGCGCCCUCAUCCAGCAUGAGUGGAGCCCAAAGUCACUGGUCACCAUCUCGGCCGAGGUCGACACAAAGACCAUCGAGAAGAGCUCGAAGGUCGGGAUUGCCGUGGCCCUCAAGCCCUGA